GAAUUCAUUCAAGCAUCAGCCACUGACGGCUGCUGAUGCGUAAGCGUGCGCGUGUUUACUUUCUUCAUUCAUAAUUUUAUUUAAAUACCUAGUGCUGCACUGUCAACACAAUCGAAGUGAAAUUUUUGUCUUUUACCACCCGAAAAUGGAGCUAUCGUGACAAAUUUGCACAUCAAUCGAGAGUUCUCAAGCAGGGGAAGCGAAAGGCAUCGGUGCACGGACCGGAUAAUUUCUACUGUCUCAGACAAUCCAACGCUAAACCAACGACUAGACAAUGUGGCCGACGAGACGCCUGCUCAAGUACGGCUUCGUGGGAGGUUCCCUGGUGGGAACUGCCCUCAGUCUCCACGCUAACGACUACGAUGUGAACUCGAUCGGUAUCGUUCGGCUGGGCCGAGCGGGUAUGACCGUGUUCGAUAUCGCUACAACCUACAAAACCAAUCUCUACCGGCAGGAGUGGCCCGACAAAAAGGACCCAGCCUACCUCAAGCUGAAAAGCGAAACGCACAAACUGGCGGCUGAGAAACUGCUGGAGCUGUGCAGGACCAAUAGGGGGGUCUACAUCAAAGUAGGACAACACAUCGGAGCCCUGGAGUACCUCCUGCCUUACGAGUAUGUCCAAACGAUGAAGAUUCUGCACAGUAACGCCCCUCAGAAUCCCAUCGAAGAUCUGUACAAAGUAAUCCGACAAGAUCUGAAAGUGAAUCCGGAGGAGAUAUUCUCCUCUUUCGAUUCGGAACCUCUUGGAACGGCUUCGUUGGCCCAAGUGCACCGAGCAACCCUGAAGGACGGAACAGAAGUUGCCGUGAAAGUGCAACAUCCGUACGUUCGGGGGAACUCUAUCGUGGACAUCAAGACCAUGGAAGUGCUAGUCAAAUUAGUAUCGUGGGCAUUCCCGGAUUUCAAAUUCCAGUGGCUGGUGGACGAAACCAAACGGAACCUCCCGGUCGAGAUGGACUUUGAACACGAGGGUCACAACGCCGAAAAGGUGGCCGAGAUGUUCAAGGACUACAAGUGGCUCAAGAUUCCGAAGAUCUACUGGCAGUAUACGACGCCCCGGGUAUUGAUGAUGGAAUUUUUGAAGGGCGGUCAGGUCAACGACGUCGAAUACAUCGACCGGGAGAAACUGGACCGGUACGACAUCGCGAACAAAAUCGGCCAACUCUACUCGAAUAUGAUCUUUCUGAAGGGAUUCGUCCACAGCGAUCCCCAUCCGGGUAACAUUCUGGUUCGCAAAUCGGACAAAGGUGGCACCGAGGUUGUACUCCUGGAUCAUGGACUGUACGCCAAUCUGACGGAGAAGUUCCGCUACGAAUACUCGAAACUGUGGCUCAGCAUAUUGAAGGUGGACCAGAUGGGAAUGAAGAAGCACGCGCAGGCUCUGGGCGUCCAAGGAAGCAUGUGGGGUUUGUUUGCCUGUAUGGUUACCGGCCGGCCGUGGAACUCGGUGAUCAGUGGUAUCGAUCGGGUGAAACAAGACGCCGCAGAGAAAGAACUCAUCCAAAAGGAAGGCAAACUGGUCAUCCCGCACAUCUCGGACGUACUGGAAAAGGUCGACCGGCAAAUGUUGCUGGUGUUGAAAACGAACGACCUGAUUCGAGGCAUCGAAACCACCCUGAAGACCCAGAACCGGAUGACCGCUUUUUGGGUGAUGAGCAAGUGUUGCAUCAAGAGCGUCGGCAGCCGGGAGUAUCAGGACGCACCGGAUCCAUGGAAGAAACUGUCCACCUGUCUGCGCGAAAAUUGGGCCAUCUUCAAGCUUAAUGUGUACUACCUCUACCGGGGGUUGGUGACGUUACAUUUCAUUUCGUCGUUGAAGAUGAUAUUCUAGUAAAAGCUAGGUAGUCAAUUAUAGGAAAAACAAACAAUGACAACUAGAAUUUAAAAUGUGGGCAUUCAAGGUGUCGGGUAUAGGCUUAUAAAGAUCAGAUAGUUUUGCGCUUGUUUACUGCCUUGGAUUAUGUUAGCUUAGUAACGAUCAGAAUAUUACCAGCCAGAUUUCCAAAUGAAUGAGAUAUAGAUAUAUGAAGUAUUGUUGAAGAUAUUUGUUUUCAUUGCUGCUUAGUUUACGUUUAAAGUCUAUUAAAAAUGUGAAUUUAAAACUCUUUUA